AUGGGCGCGCGAGACGGAGAAACGACCGUCGUCGACGCCGCCGCGGGCGCGAGCGGGAGGCGCGGCGACGCGAGGGCGACGACGACGGACGAUGCGUUCGACGUCGAGCGCGCCGUUCGAGCGUCGAGUCGACGUCGCGACGGCGACGACGCCGAGCGCGCGGCGCUGUUGGGAGAGACGCGUGGACGUCGACGUGGUGGAUCGCGUCGACGGUGGAGCGCGGUGUCCAUCGGGGCGUGCGCGGCGGCGGUGCUCGGGAGCGCGUGCGGGGCGAUCGCGUGGAGACGCGGCGCGGCGGGCGCGAGGGCGUCGGCGCUCGGAAACGCGGGCGCGGCGACGACGCGGCCUGUGAAGCCGAUGAAAGAGAUGCCCACGGGUGUGGCUUUGAAUGGGUGGUUACAUCUCGAGGAGUGGUUCUUCGCGAACGGAGAGUCCACCGUCGUGGACUCGCCGAUCGGCGCGUCGCAGGGAAGGGUGUUGCCGCCGUUCUUCAACACGCCGGCAGAGCUCGGGUUCUCGUGGUCGAGCGAGGGUGAUUUGGUGGCGAAACUAGCGCGAAAGUACGGCAAUUUGAAGACGGCGAAGAUCAUGAACGCAUAUCGCUCGUCCUGGCUCACGAACGAGGACUUGCGCCGGAUCAGCCAACUCGGGUUGGAGUCGGUGCGUGUGCCGGUGACGUGGGCGGCGUUCAUGGGCACGCAGAGAGAUCCGACACGGAUCAUUCAGGAUCCAAAGUACGGCGAUCGUGCGUUCGCGACGGUGGAUCAGAUGGCGAUGACGCACGUCCUGCGCGUCCUGCACAGGGAGACGGGGGCCAAAGUUGUCAUGGACAUGCACAGCAUGCCGGGCGGGAGCUCGCAGGGUACGUACAACGGCGUGUUCCCGCAUCCACCGGCGUUCUGGGACGAUCCGAAACUGCAAGACAUCGGCAUGCAGGCGAUUCACAAGAUGUUAAAGUGGUACAACGCGCUGCGUGAAGAAGACAAGCGUUUCAUCGAUGGCUUCACGCUGUUGAACGAGCCGGCGCACUUGAUGCCGGCAAAGCGCGAGGCCAUGUUAGAGUGGAUGGGUAAGGCGAUCUACGUGUACAAGCAACUCAUCGUCAGACCUCGUGAGAUGAUGAAAAAGCCCGUGCCGAAACUGUACGUCAACUUGAUGGAGACGAGUGGUAUCCAAACAAACGAGUUCUCGAAGAUCAUGCGAAAGUGGUUCGACCUGGCGGAACUUCGUACGUGGGCAGUGUUGGACACACAUUUUUAUCUCGCCUGGGGCGUGAACGGUUGCGACAAGGGAUGCGCUUGGAAGUGCUCGGACACGCCGCAACGCAUCACAGAGACCGUCCGCUCGACUUUGGCUCAGUACAUUCACAAGGUGCAGGCGCCGGCGGCGUUGAACGGUGUCAAGCUAUUUAGCGUCAGCGAAUGGUCGAUCGCGACAAAUCAUGACAGCUCAAAGGGCUGCGCUAGCGAAGACGUGAGAAGAGCCGUUUACAAGGGACAGCUGCGCGCGUUCAACGUCACUCGGACGCCAAAUUUCUUCUGGGGAUGGAAGAUGCCAAACGCUGGGAACGCCCACGAGGAUUUCUGGAGCUUGCAACAUUUUCACGGCCAACUCGGUGCGUUUCAAGAUCUCGACAUCGAGGACGAACGACCGAAUCCAUCUGAUACAAUUGAAGAAGGUACGCUCACUGCGCUGAAGGAAGAGCUCAAGAGCUUGAGAGAUGAAGUGAAGGAGCUACGAGGGAGGAAGACAACAACGAACUCGACAAAAACGGCGUCUGAGCCGUCAUUUGCGAAGAGAUCCGGGGCGAAAAGGGAAUCUCAACUCGGCGCUGCGAGUAUGGUCGCUCAAAUUGUCACUCCGGCGAUAGCGCCUUCGUUAGUUAACUUCUCCGUCAACGUCUCCAAUACAGGAGCCGACUUGACGACGCAGGCGAAUCCGUCGAAUUCUUCUGGUAGUCUGGGAUGGGAAACAGCCCCGUGGGUCAAGCACGAACAAACGCCGCAGGAUCUAUCGGGCUCACAUAGUCAAGGACAGGCACAGCCGUCUCAAGCGCGCGGCCCCAAAGCUCAAAGCACCCAAGCUCAGACGGUGAUGUCCGAAGCUAGCAACGACGAUGACAUUAUUCAAGGCUUCCUGCAGUCGUCACCUGAAGGGUCGGAUGCGCCAAGGCGCGUACAUCACAAGCAAGUAGUCGCUCAGCCGCAAUCGCAGCAGCGAGAAACAUUUACGGAGCCGCAACCGCAGCAGCGAGAAACAUUUGCGGAGCCGCAACCGCAGCAGCGACAAGUAUUUGCGGAGUCGCAACCGCAGCAGCGACAAGUCGUCGCCCAGCCGCAACCGCAGCAGCGACAAGUCGUCGCCCAGCCGCAACCGCAGCAGCGACAAGUCGUCGCCCAGCCGCAACCGCAGCAGCGACAAGUCGUCGCCCAGCCGCAGCAGCAGCAGCGACAAGUCGUCGCCCAGCCGCAGCAACCCGCAGCGAGUUCGCAAGGAGGCGUUUUGAACAACUCAAGGUUUGCUCCCGCGGCGCAGGCGACUGCGGCACCAAUCGGUAGGCUCGCUCCCGCCGCGCAGGCGUCCAAGGCAGCCACCACGCAGCCUGGCGCUCAACCCAUCGUCUACGCCAAAGAUCGCCAUGACGGCUCCUUUUGGGGCACAUCGUUCGGUUUAGAUGCCCUGAAGGCUCCGGAGAUUCAUGAGAACGCGCUCCUGCAGAGUGACGACGAAGAGGUUGACGAGUCACAAUAUUACGAGGAACCGCGAGAGGAGAUCGCUGCGCGCACGGGUACGAAGCUUCCGACUUACGCGGAUGAUGCCGUGGAUAACAUUCAUCAGCAUCGAUCGACGUACUCCAUGCAUGAAGCCAAAUCUCUGAAGAACAAGGUAUCGUACGAUCUCUUCUCUUCAAAGAAGUUAUCGAAGAAGCACGCCGAGGACGACGACGACUCGUCCACGACGCCGAGUAAAGUCAAGAAGUCUACUCAUAAGCGAGGUUCCAGUACAGAAAGAGUUGUUGACGACGCGGGUGAUGAUCUCGACUUCAAUAAACUCAUGUCUUCGCAAGACUUUGGCGGAGGAUCGUCCUCGACGAAAUCUUCGCACAAGUUCUACGACGAGUUCAGCGAUGGUGAGUCCGUGGAACUCGCGCCAGAGAAGUUAAAGGGGAAAAGGAAGAGUAAGAAGUCGCGCAAGCCCGUCGACGACGACGACGACGACGACGACGACAACGCAGAAGAAGGGGAAGAGACGUCUUCCUCAGGGUCGUCAAAAUUCUCUCGCGAGAGCAUUGAGAAAAGCUUGGAAAAAGAAGCCUCCGGUGGCGAGAAGAUAUCCAAGGACGAGGGCGUCCCGGACUGGAUCUCUUUCGGUUAG